CACAAUACACAUCCCCCAUCAAGUGCAGUGCACCCUUCGCCGGUCGACGUUGCCUCCGUUUCUUCGUUCUUGCACCUUCCCGAAUCCGACUCUCGACCUCCAUCCUCCGUCGUCGCCCUCCCAUGUCUACUCGUGUUUUGGUGUCGUUCCCCUCACCACACGCCUCCAUCGAGCCUCCCAAUCCGUUGACUUUGUACUCUCAUCCGAAUCGGGGCUCUACUGAUUUCCAUCGGCAGCCUUCGGACGAAUGCUCCAUUUGCAGCCCGUCACAUACCAAUCCCGAGACCGAUCGCGUCUCCUCAAUCGCCCCUGUCGACGAGUGUGCCCACGCAGAUCCGUCGUCGAUUCCGCUUCCUGGACGCGACGCGGAUACGGGUUCCCAUGCCUGCGGCAAGCAGUGCCUCCAGGGGCCCCCUGGUGCGAAAUACACCACAAUCUCAGAUGUGAUCCACUCGGUAACGCCUUCGUCCAUCACCUGUCAACCGGCUCGGCUCAUCAACUGCCCGUCGGAUCCACCAGCCCUGGCGCUCGAUCAUGAAGACCCGAUCGCAACUGCAUCUGGCUGCGAUAGUGACGAGGGCGCCCCUUCCUCGGAUUCGUCCAGCCUGCCGCUUGUUCUGGCUCCGGACUCGCCCCAGCCUGCGCCCACCCUCGAGCCCAGGAUCGCCACAGCCUCCAGCAACGCAAAGUGCUCGAGCCGCCCUUUUAUCAAAGUCGAUCAGAUCUCCGCCACACGCAGGUCGCGCAGCACGCUCGGUCCCGCUUCCAGGAUCUCGAGGCUUCUUGCCCUGAAGCAGCGAGGUCUGCCCUCCACCAACACCUUUACUUCGCUACAGAACAUGAACAUCAGCCCUCCGCCUCAGAGCGACGCCGCUCCCACCCUUGAGAGCACGAAUCCUGCGCCUCCCGAUCAGCCCAGCGAGCCCUGUCCAGGCAAUGCCCUGCCGCCAUCACCCGCUGGAGCCAGUGCUGAGGUGCAGCCGUCAGUUGCUCCGUUGGAUAUGCCCAGCGAUCUUCACCAUAGAGACGACCAUGCCGGCAUGGCUCACCACCCCUCCGUCCGGACCGCAGCCAUAUACAACAACGGCAACAUCACCCGAUGCAGUAUCAUGCUCGACACUGCUUACGGCAAAAGAAAGGCCGGGGCCAUCUGCUGCGAAAACCCAGAGGGCCUCAGUCCAGACUCGAUCCUCAAGUAUGUUCCAAGACAGUCGCCCUCCCGCACCAUGCGAGACCUUCAGUUUUACGGAGUCGUGGAUAAGGACCGCAUUGUCUCGGAGAUGCUUACGGCCGGGUAUCAGGACAUCAACUACCGGAAGCUUUUUGACGACAGCGAGGUUCUCAUCUCGAGGAGGCUGGCGGUCGACUUUGCUCUCCAGAUGCGCGAGUCCAAAAGCGAGAACAUGAGCAUGGACAUGAUCGAGGACUGCUCUGGGCUGAUGACUUCGACCAACUACGCCAUUCCGAUAUCGCGUUCGAAUUGGCAGCCGGACAAGAACAACAUCGAGUGCCAGUCGUGCCUGGUUAUCUUCAGCCUGUUCAACCGGAGACACCAUUGCCGAAUCUGCGGCUCGGUCUACUGUCAGGACUGUUCAUCGCGAAAACUGCAGCUGGAGCGUGGAGAGCUGGUGCGAUCAUGCAACGACUGCUACAAAAAGUACUCCAGACUUUCUCCACCCUCCGAAUGCGGGUCGACGACGGAUAACAGCAUCGCGCAGGAUAGUACCGACAUGGACGCAGAGCGGCGUGACUCGGCCUUCAGCUCGUCGUCGAUUUCUUCGUCGAUGAACGAGCUACUGUCCUCAACCCGGGAAGGUAUCGCCGCGGCACUGCCGGACUUUUCGCAUUCCUCCGUCCGAAACAUGUGGAAUACGCACCAGCGGCCAGUCCUCGGUCUGAUCUGCAAUGUUGUCAUGGCGUGCUUUCGCAUGCCGACGAGCCGGAUCACCGAGUGAACACGAGCCGAUUACCAGCAUUACCGAUUCUGCAACGUCCGGCUGAAACAACAAGCGAACGAACGAACAAACAAACGAAAGAAAGAAAGAAAAGAAAGGGAAAAAAAUGACUCUACCAGCAAUAAUAGCCAACCUACGCACAUACACAUGAAUUCAUACCAGUUUAUU